CUUUCUCUCUCCUAUGAUUCUUUGCCUUUUCUCUCUCUCUAGGAAGUCAUUGUUUCUCAGCUUCUCUCUCUAAAUAAAGCUUCAAUUUCUUCUUCCUGUGUUGUGUUUUCCCCUUUAAACCCUGCUUUUGUUCUCUUUCCAUCACUUUUUCCUCUGCCUCUGUUCAUCUUCGCUUCUCCCAGAAUACUUUGACUAAAGUAUUGUAAAUUUGUAAUUUUCACCGUUAGAUUGGAUCUGGGCUUGAGCUGGACAUCGGUUUCGAUCAGGAUUGUAUUCUCAACAAUUGUAACGUCUCGCGAGGUGAAAAGAGAUAAGAGCUACUGCUAGUAUGGCUGUCUCCAUGAGAGAUUUAGACCCAGCUUUCCAAGGAGCUGGACAGAAAGCUGGGAUUGAGGUAUGGCGUAUUGAGAACUUUCGCCCUGUCUCUGUUCCAAAGACUUCUCAUGGCAAGUUUUUCACCGGGGAUUCGUAUAUAGUAUUGAAGACAACAGCCCUAAAAAACGGUGCCCUUCGUCAUGACAUUCACUACUGGCUCGGUAAAGACACCUCUCAGGAUGAAGCCGGGACAGCAGCUGUUAAGACAGUUGAAUUAGAUGCUGCUCUUGGAGGUCGUGCAGUUCAGUACAGGGAAGUUCAAGGCCAUGAAACCGAGAAAUUCCUUUCCUACUUUAAACCAUGUAUCAUACCUCAAGAGGGUGGAGUUGCAUCAGGAUUUAAACACGUUGAAGCUGAAGAACAUAAGAUCCGUUUGUUCGUUUGCAGAGGAAAACAUGUUGUCCAUGUCAAUGAGGUUCCAUUUGCUCGUACAUCUUUGAACCAUGACGACAUUUUCAUUCUUGACACAAAGUCCAAGAUUUUCCAAUUCAAUGGAUCAAAUUCAAGUAUUCAGGAGAGGGCAAAGGCACUGGAGGUUGUUCAGUACAUCAAAGAUACUUAUCAUGAUGGCAAAUGUGAAGUUGCAGCUGUUGAGGAUGGCAAGCUUAUGGCUGAUGCUGAAAGUGGAGAAUUUUGGGGUUUCUUUGGUGGGUUCGCUCCACUUCCUAGAAAAACGGCUAGCGAAGAGGAGAAGACAUAUGAUUCUGAUAGUGCGAAAUUGUUUUGUGUCGAGAAGGGUCAGGCAAAUCCAGUUGAGGGUGAAUCAUUGAAACGAGCGACGCUAGAGACGAAUAAGUGCUACAUUCUUGACUGUGGGCGCGAAGUGUUCGUGUGGAUGGGAAGAAACACGUCUCUUGAUGAAAGGAAAAGUGCAAGUGGAGUGGCAGAAGAAAUGAUUCGUUCAUCUGAUAGACCCAGAUCGCAAAUAAUACGCACAAUAGAAGGGUUUGAAACCGUUCCAUUCAGAUCAAAGUUCGAUUCCUGGACUCAAGAAACAAAUGUAGCUGUGUCAGAAGAUGGUAGAGGCAGAGUUGCUGCUCUUUUGCAACGUCAAGGGCUGAAUGUGAGAGGUCUAAUGAAAGCUGCUCCUCCAAAAGAGGAGCCUCAGCCUCACAUUGAUUGCACUGGAAAUCUGCAGGUUUGGCAUGUGAAUGGACAGGAGAAGAUUCUCCUUAAAGGUGUUGAUCAGACAAAAUUCUACAGUGGAGAUUGCUACAUAUUCCAGUAUUCUUAUUCUGGAGAGGAGAAAGAAGAAGUUCUUAUCGGUACAUGGUUCGGGAAGCAGAGUGUGGAGGAAGAAAGAGCUUCUGCAGUGUCCAUGGCGAGCAAAAUGAUCGAGUCAAUGAAAUUCACACCUGUCCAAGCAUGCAUUUAUGAAGGGAAGGAACCCAUCCAGUUCUUUGUGAUAAUGCAAAGUUUUAUCGUCUUUAAGGGCGGUCUUAGCAGUGGAUACAAGACACACGUCACAGAGAAAGAAAUCCCCGAUGACACUUACAAUGAGAAUGGCCUUGCCCUAUUUCGUAUUCAAGGGUCUGGUCCAGAGAAUAUGCAAGCAAUACAAGUUGAUCCUGUUGCUUCAUCACUGAACUCCUCAUACUGUUACAUACUGCAUAACGGUUCAACUGUCUUUACUUGGUCCGGGAAUCUUGCUUCCUCGGUUGACCAGGAACUUAUGGAAAGGCAACUCGACCUGAUUAAGCCAAACCUACAAACCAGAGCACAAAAGGAAGGUUCAGAAUCUGAACAGUUCUGGGAAUUAUUGGGAGGAAAAUCAGAAUAUGGAAGCCAAAAGAUCACUAGAGAACCUGAAAGUGACCCACACUUGUUCUCUUGUACAUUCUCAAAAGGGAUUCUGAAGGUGACUGAGAUAUAUAACUUCACCCAGGAUGAUUUAAUGACUGAAGAUAUCUUUAUCCUAGAUUGUCACUCAGAGAUCUUUGUCUGGGUUGGUCAAGAAGUGGACACUAAAACUAAGUUGCAGGCUUUAACUAUUGGAGUGAAAUUUAUCGAGAAAGAUUUUCUCCUGGAGAAGUUAUCACGAGAGGCACCGAUAUUCAUAGUCAUGGAAGGUAGUGAGCCGCCUUUCUUCACCCGGUCCUUCGCUUCUUGGGAUUCAUCAAAAUCUACUAUGCAUGGAAACUCGUUCCAGAGGAAACUCACAAUAGUAAAACAUGGUGGAACUCCAGUUGCAGAUAAACCGAAACGAAGAACCCCUGUUUCAUAUGGUGGUCGGACCAGUGUUCCUGACAAGUCACAACAACGUUCUAGGAGCAUGUCUUUCAGUCCAGACAGAGUUCGUGUUCGGGGAAGAUCCCCGGCAUUCAAUGCAUUGGCUGCUACAUUUGAGAACCCUAAUGCCAGAAACCUCUCGACACCACCCCCAGUUGUUAGAAAACUCUACCCGAGAUCUGUUACUCCCGAUUCUGCUAUCUUGGCUCCCAAAUCUUCCGCCAUUUCUUCUCGUAGUGCACUGUUUGAACAAUCGGCAACACCUCCACGAGAACCUAUAAUUCCCAAAUCACUCAAAGUGAGCCCGAAGACACCCGAAUCACCAGCACCAGAAUCCAACUCAAAGGAAAAGGAGAAGGAGAAGGAGAAUUCAAUGAAUUCAAUUCAGGAAGAUGCCAAAGAAGGCGAAGCUGAAGAAGAUGAAGGUCUUCCAACAUAUCCUUACGAUCGUCUCAAGACAACAUCAACUGAUCCUGUUUCAGACAUUGAUGUAACGAGGAGAGAGGCUUAUCUUUCGUCGGAGGAGUUCAAGGAGAAAUUCGGGAUGACAAAGGAAGCAUUCUACAAGCUACCGAAAUGGAAGCAGAACAAGUUCAAAAUGGCUGUUCAACUCUUCUGAUGAGAUCCUCCUCUUCAAAUACUUUUCUUCAUUCGGCCAUUAAAGCUUUUCCUGCAUACAUUGAUGUUGCAGAUGGAUGAUGCUAAGGGCAAGAACUUCAACCACCAAGGAGAGAUUCAAGGGACAGCAUCAGUGCAUUUUUAGCUGCUUCUGCUCCCCCAGAGAAGCUACAUUUUCAUGGCUUGUUCAAACCAAAACCAGAGCUCUUUUUUUUUUCAUUUACCAUUUUUUCUCUCAUAUUUUUGGUUUUAUUUUUUUUUUCUCAUAUGUUUGCUUGCCUAUUUCUAUUAUUGUUUCCAUUGUUUUUUAUUUUAUUUCAUGGGUUGAGUUAGAUUUUUUUUUUUUUUGGAAAUUUCUGGUCACAGGGUUGAUCUUUGAGUCCUUGAUUUUUUUUUUUUUUUUUUUGGGCUGUCAACAUGAGGAAAUUGGUUUUAGUAGGGAAUUUUGUUGGCUUGGAAAAUGAUGAUGGUGUUUUUUUUUUUGGUGUACAGCAAAGAGUGUGUACAAACUAUAAUAAUAAUUAAAAAAAAAA